AUGGAUAGGAUGCGAUUAUUAUCUAUGCAGUUACCACCUAACAGCAACAUUAAUAGUAGUACUGGAAAUACUAAAGGAAAAAUAUCAUUCAUAAAGCGUCUAGCACUUGGUUUUAUAAUUUUGGCAGGUCUAGGACUGCUUUAUGUACCAGCAUAUCAUUCAGCACAAGGACAAUUUUCUGGUUUUGGUGAUAUUUCAUUACCAGUAGGAACUUUGGGAGGUACAGAUCUCAUAGCAUCUAUAGUUCAAUUACGUGGAUGGAGUUAUAAUACAUCUCGAGAUGUAUCUAUUUACAUACAUCCAGAAAACACAACAGUUAUUCUAACUCCAAAAAGAAUUUGUAACAAUACAUCAUAUCUAAUUAUUCUUAUAUGUUCUGCAGUCGGAAAUAUAAAUGCAAGAAUUGCUAUUAGAAAUACAUGGGGUAAUCAAAGUUAUUUAGAUACUUUGUAUGGUUCUUCUAUUAAAGUUACAUUUCUUUUAGGACAAAGUGAUAAUGAUACACUUAAUAGCUAUGCAGCAGAUGAAAAUAAUUUGUACAAUGACAUAAUUCAAGAACGUUUUUAUGACACAUAUAAUAAUUUAACAUUAAAAUCUGUAAUGUUAUUAAAAUGGGUGAUAUCGAAUUGUGAUAAAGUAAGGUAUAUUAUGAAAACUGAUGAUGAUAUGUUCGUAAAUAUACCAACUCUUAUAAAAACUUUAAGGGAACGACCCAAAAGUACUGGAACUUUAAUUGGUUCACUUAUUUGCAAUGCGAAACCUAUAACCGACCCUAAAAAUAAAUGGUAUACACCCAAAUAUAUGUAUUCGGACAGAACAUAUCCAAGCUACUUAUCAGGUACAGGCUAUGUAAUGAGUUCGGAUGUCGCUUUGCGCCUCUACAAAGCUGCACUUUCAAUACCAGUUCUUCAUUUAGAAGAUGUCUACAUCACGGGACUUUGUGCAAAAGAAGCAGGACUCAAACCUGUUAAUCACCACGGUUUCAGUUAUAUACCACGUAAUCUCGAUAUCUGCUCACUACGCGAGACUAUCACGGCCCAUAAAGUAAAUGCUUCGAACAUGUACACAGUGUGGAACAAACUUAAAAAUUUCUCGACGAACUGCAAAAAUUAUAUUAAAACUGCCAAAAACACGCCGGUUAGUAGAAUUAGCAGAAAUAUUGGCUACUUUUUGCUCAAGGGUCGUAUACACAAUAAUAGAUGCAUUUAAAGUUUGAUAAUAUUUUUAAAUGAAUCACCUACUUACGCAGCUGUUCAUUAAUGGUUAUGU